GUUUUCGUCUCUUAGUAAGACUGUUUAUUAGUGCUGAUGUUAAAGAGCUUCUUUUGAUGAUGACCAUACUCGCCACCAAAUGGGUUUUGACAGCCAUUGUAAUUUUGAACUGCGCUUGUCUAGCCAUCACUGUAAGCAGCUCCUACAGUAGGGUAAUUCAGAGCCUCGAAGACGAGAUCAGUGCUGAAAAUUUCACAUAUUAUCGUCUUCAGCGUACUGGUGCCCUGAGACUGGAGUUACAGAGUAUUGCAGGGGAUGUAGAUGUCUAUAUUAGUGCUGAGGUCCAGCAUCCUGACUAUGGGACAUAUGAUUUAAAAUCUGAGAGCUGUGGCCUAGACGUCAUCUCUAUACCGUCAACUAUGUCAAGGCCGGUGUACAUAUCUUUGUUUGGUCAUCCAAAUUACUUGAGCUCUAAAUACCGCCUGACCAUCCUGGAGGUAGACGAGCCUGUUGUAGAUGAUUAUGAGGCACUGGUGGAUAAGUAUGAGAGAUAUUACUAUGAAGAGAUGGAGGGUGGAUCCUCAAGUGAUGAUAGCUAUGAAAAAAGAUCUUCCAAGGCUCCGGAUAGCUCAUCCAGUUUUGAUCACCAUGCAGAGGAGGAGUUACCUGUCUGGUGGAAGAUUUUACUGGGCAUUUUAGAGUUUGGUAUUGAGGUUAUAUUCUACCUGCAGGUUAUAUUCUACCUGCAGGUAGAAUAUAACCUGCAGGUCAUAUUCUACCUGCAGGUCAUAUUCUACCUGCAGGUUAUAUUGUAA